CUACCUUUUCCCAGUGCUUUACAAAUGCAUCGACUUGUAUCCCUCUUUAUCAUUAGCUGGAUUGUCAGCUAAAGGGGAGGGCUUCUUGUAAACUACUCUUCCGUCUCUGCAUUUUCAGCUUUACCCCUUUUUCAUGGGGUCUUUUUUAAUCAUUUGUUCCUUGAGAGAUCCCCUCUUGAAUGCUAAAAGAUAAGGACUUUUGUUUUGUUUUGUUUUGCUUCUGUGAGUGCCCAAGGAAGAAGAUCAAAGGAGUGUGUUAAAAUUUGGGCCUUCAUACAAGGGAUUCAAGUAUAAUUCUGACUGUUAAGAUCCAAAAGAUAAGAGAUGUCGAUUGAGGGUGCCUUAAAUGCUGAUUUGUCAAAGAAGACAUUGCUUUUGGGUUUAAAGCUCUGGGUUUUGAUUGGUGUAUUUGUUGGCACAUUCAUAUUGUUGAUUCUUUGUGUCUUAUCCGUAUGGGUUACAUUGGGAAGGAGAUCUAGAAGAUCCAUAGACAAGUUCUCGUUUUCCCAAAUACCAAAUGUCUCGAAAGAUAUCAAGGUCGAUGAGGUUGAAGAUCAGAGCUCCAAUGGUCUUCCAGAAAGUUUACUCCUUCCUGUUCGUGAUAGGCUGAGUGAUAAGAAUUCUGAGAAAAUGCUAGCUUAUUUGAGAAUGAGCAAAUCAAGUGACCCUGAUACUAUUAGUCAAUGCAGUGCAGUAUACCGUCGUGAGAAAGGUGUUAGUUCCCGUUCAGUGGAAGAAGGGAGCUCUGCAACGGUCCAAAAGCAGUGUGCACCCUCAAACAGCGGACAAGUGACAGCCUCUCCCUUAGUUGGUCUGCCAGAAGUUUCACGUCUUGGUUGGGGUCACUGGUUCACUCUUAGGGAUCUUGAGCUCGCAACAAAUCGUUUCUCGGCUGAGAAUGUGCUUGGAGAGGGCGGAUAUGGGGUGGUUUACAAGGGUAGACUGAUCAAUGGAACUGAAGUGGCAGUUAAGAAACUUUUUAAUAACCUGGGACAGGCAGAAAAAGAAUUUAGAGUUGAAGUGGAGGCCAUUGGUCAAGUUCGACAUAAGAAUCUUGUGCGGCUUUUGGGUUAUUGCAUCGAAGGAGUUCACAGAAUGCUGGUAUAUGAAUAUGUCAAUAAUGGUAACUUGGAGCAAUGGCUACAUGGGGCAAUGCAAUUGCACGGUUCCUUUACUUGGGAGGCUCGAAUGAAGGUUGUUCUUGGUACUGCCAAGGCGCUUGCUUAUUUGCAUGAAGCAAUAGAACCCAAAGUUGUUCACCGGGACAUAAAAUCAAGUAAUAUUUUGAUUGAUGAUGAUUUCAAUGGCAAGGUUUCUGAUUUUGGAUUGGCCAAGCUCUUGGAUUCGAGAGAGAGUCAUAUAACAACUAGAGUCAUGGGGACUUUUGGUUAUGUUGCACCUGAAUAUGCUAAUACCGGCUUGUUAAAUGAGAAGAGUGAUAUUUACAGCUUUGGUGUUCUCUUGCUUGAAACUGUCACUGGAAGAGAUCCUGUCGACUAUGACAGACUGGCUAAUGAGGUCAACCUUGUUGAGUGGCUGAAGAUGAUGGUUGGAGCAAGAAGAGCGGAGGAAGUAGUGGAUCCAAAUCUUGAAGUUCGACCCUCAACACGUUCUCUUAAACGUGCCCUUUUAGUGGCACUUAGAUGUGUUGAUCCUCAUGCAGUUAAGCGGCCCAAAAUGAGUCAGGUUGUACAAAUGCUGGAAGCUGAUGUUUACCCGUUUCGUCAGGAUCAGAGGAACCGGAAGAGCCGUACGGUGAGCAUGGAAAUCGAAUCUUUUAAGGAAGAGAGCAAUGCUGAGGGAUCACGGAGCAAUGCAACUGCGACAGCUUCAUGAAUAGGACUGAAAAAAGGCAUGAAAUGUGUUUGUUUCGUUGGGAGAAACAUUUUCCGGCAUCCAACGGAUGAACCCCCUUGAAGGUUUUGAUUUAGAAGCAGAAAUUUCUUUUGGCCAUAUCACAUUUGUCAUCAUAAAACCAAUAGCUGCUCUGAGACAGAUGACAGGGUAACAUGUGCAAGGAGAAGGGAAGAGGUUCUUUCUGUGCAGGUGUGUUUGUGCUACUAUUAUAUGUUUCUCUCUAUACUAUGGGAUUCAAUUACUGAUCUUUCUAUGGUUAUUGAAUUUUCAUUCUUCACCUUUUUUAAAAUCUUUUCAAUGAAAUACCUUAUAUUGUAAAAACCAUCAAAGU